UCUCUAUUUUAUUUUGUUGUUUGACGUUUAAUAAAAUGGAUUUAUGUUUGUGUCGUUAAAAGUGCCAAUAAAAUUAUUAGAUUAAAUUAAGUUUGUUGUGUUGUGAGGACGUUUAGAGGACGGAAAAUAGUAGUAAAUCGUGCUACGAUGAUAAUAUCACGGUCUAAACUUCGCUCUACAGCGGAAGUUUGCGCUGAUUGUGGGGCAUCAGAUCCUUCGUGGGCGUCGAUCAACCGUGGGCUGCUGCUUUGUGCGGAGUGCUGUAGCGUUCACCGGAGUAUGGGGCGUCAUAUUUCUCACGUUAAGUCUCUGAGGCAGGGCUCCUGGCCGCCUUCGCUGCUUAAUAUGGUCCAAUCGCUGACAGCUCAGAAUGUAAACAGCAUUUGGGAACAUUCUUUACUUGACACUUCAGCCCCUAAGCAUUUACGGAAGAAACCGCAACCCAAAGAUCCCUUACAUCCAGUUAAAUCUGAGUUCAUCCUGGCCAAGCAUCUGCGGCUCGCGUAUGUACUGCGUGCGCGGCGCGACGAGCCCCCCAGCGAGCUAGGAAGGCAACUCCACUCUGCUGUGCGGAGUUCUUCAUUAGACACAGCAAUGCGACUGCUCGCACAGGGUGCAGAUCCUAAUUAUUACAAUCAGGAAAAAGGGAGUUCGUGCUUACAUGUGGCCUGCCGUGCUGGUCAACCAUCGCAGGCCGAGCUGCUGGUGGCCUGGGGCGCGGACCCCACCACUAAGGAUCAGUCCGGAAGUACACCUUCAGAUUGUGCUAGACAGGGGGGGCAUGCGGAGUUGGCGGAGCGCAUGACGGAGCUGGUGUACGAGGCCACGGACCGCAUGAUCCACUUCCUGACCGGCGAGAAGCCCGACCACGCGGCCGGCAGACACUACAUCGUGCCGCGAGCCCACGACACGCACGAGAUGACCGACGUCGCCAAAGCCGCCAGAGGGAAACUGCAAUUGUUGCCGAAUCAUUUGUUCGAAGAGCUGGUGAUGGACAUAUACGACGAGAUCGAUCGAAGGGAAACCGAGGCCAUCUGGCAGACGAGCGCGUCGGGGCUGGAGCGCAGCGGCGCCGCGUUCCUGCCGGUGAACCCCGCGCUGUCGGCGCCGCGCAACCAGGGCCGCCAGAAGCUGGCCCGCCUGUCGCCGCGCGAGCUCGCCGCCCUGCUGCGCGACGUGCUGCUCGACGCCACGCGCCGACAGCGCAUGGCCGCGCUGCAGCCCGCAGCGAUGUCGGGUCCCCUGAAUCCGCUGCUGUCCGCGAGCCACUUGCGGCACGUGUCGCAGAUGUCGGACGACGAGCCGCUCUACGACUCGGUCGCUUCGGACGAGGACUACGCGGCCCUGGCGCCCAUAGAACUCGACCUAUCGACAGUGACCCCGCGGCGAGGGGACGCCGUGUCGGCGACGUACAGCCCGGGCCUGCCCACGGAGCAGUCGCCCAGCGCCGACCCGCACCGCACCCAGUCGCCCAGCUGUCCAGCCCAGGACACGCCGGAACGAGACGACCAAAUACAGCAUUUAAAAAAAGAACUGCACGACAAAGACUCGACCAUAGACGAACUAAAAACUCAAUUGAGGAAUCUACAAACCAUAGUCGAGAGAUUGACUAAAGAGAACAGCGUUUUGAAGACGAGCAGCAUUGAUGACGACAGUGUGACGUCACUGACCGGGGAGAGCUGUAGUGGUCUCGAUGGCUUCGCGGCGCAGGAGCGCGGCAAGAGUCUCGAGUCCGAGCUGGGCCGCGAGGUCGACGUGAGGCCGGCCAAGGGCUCGCAGCGACCGGUCAGUAUGUAUGAGACUAGGGAAGGCCCAAAGAAUAACUGGCAGGUUACUAAACAUCAGCUGACAACCCUGUCGAGUUUCGAUCGUUCGUUGACCCAGAGCGUUUUGGAGGGUGCCAGCCCGGAAGACAUAAUGCCGAGCGCCGAUCUGGUGCACAAGCGCGCCGAGAGCGUCACGCGCGGCAUCCAGCAGCUGUGGGCGGCAGCGCGGCGCCACCAGUCCGGCGCGCUGUCCGGCCCGCAGUCCGGCGUGCAGCAGCGGGCCCGCGACACGCGCCGGGCCGUGGGCGCGCUGCUGGCGCUGUUCCCGCAGGACUGUGCAGGCGGCGAGCUGGGCGCGGUGCUGGCGGGGCUGCGCGCGGCGAGCGAGGGCGUGUCGGCGGCGUGCGACUCGGCGGCGCCGCUGCCGGAGCUGCGCGCGGCGGCCUACGAGCUGGCCAAGGCCACCAAGCUCCUGCUCACCCACUUCCCCCCCGCCCCCUCCUCCUAGCGACCGCACUACGCGCACUACACCACCGUGUAGCGUGCGCCCCCCCUCACCUCAUGGAACUUACAUAAUAGUGCGCUAAGACGUCUGUGGAGGUGGACAAGCCGGACAACACUUACGAAGUGACGAGAUGAGAUGGGUGCUCUGUAACACUCUACGGUUCACAAAUAAUAAUAAUUAUAUUUAAAGAAGAACUAGAGCGUCGGACGAAAGGGGAGACGUAUAACGACUUAUGACGUCACAAUAAUGUGCAAAGUUUUGAUCUUAUACCGAAUUUUUUUUUUUUCAUUAUUGUCCAGUUUAGUAAACAAACAUGGCGGCUCGGUAGCUUCAUACCUGUGUAGUUACGAUAAUUCAUUUAUGUUCGUAAACAAAUCAAACGUCUCCGCUUUACGGAGUCUUUCGUGUCUAUGUUGAUGUAGCUUGAUCACAGACCGACUAGAGUGGAACAGAUAAAGUACAAAUGUACAAAAAUUAUUAAUAAUUUUCAAUUUUAGUUGUUAAAUGUUUAUAAGUCUUCCUAUGAUUUAGAAUUAUGGAGCACGAUGCUUGGAACGAGGUGAACGUCCGAUAUAAAAGUGUUAAGAGUGUACAGUGUUCUUGAAGAUAAAUAAUGCUUUACGCUUAGAUAUACGUAAGUAGCAGUAGCUAGACGGAAUGUAUUCAAUUUAGUGUUAUAAGGACGUUUAUAUAGACCGACUUAUGUCAAUCUUAUUUGGAUUUUAAUGUGCGAUUCUUUUU